GGGACGAGUGUCCUGCGGCUGCACAGGUCAGUUCAGACGACCCGUUGAGAAAGAACCGCCACAGUCCUUUACACAGGUAACUUACAGUGAAGGGCGGAUUAUUAUUUUACUUCCUCUUUGGAAAUGAAGGAUAUAUUCACCCCGGAUUGAAAGGGCGCGUUUUUUCUAGUUGUUCUUGUUGUUUUUAAUAAAACAACUGUUUGCAGUUUUUUUUUUUAAACAGCUAAUCUUAAAGCUUUUUUUUUUUUUUUAUUAAUUCAUGUUUUUGCUUUCGUGAGACUGCAUAUGCGUAAUUUUUUUAACGAUGGCCGACAACAAGCACCCGCAUGUUAUUUUCUGCGACGACUCGCCCAAGAGAGUGCUGGUGUCCGUGAUCAAGACCACCCCGAUCAAGCCCCGCAAAGCCGAGGCCCUGAUGCCCACCAGCCCCGGCUUCAGCGACUUCAUGGUGUACCCCUGGAAGUGGGGCGAGAACGCCCACAACGUGAGCCUGAGCCCGGGCUCGGGCAGCGAGUGCGCCGGCGCCGCCGCCCCGGCGGCCGGGGAGCAGGACCCCGCUCAGUCCCCCGAGCACGGCAAGGAUGGCAUCCGCAGAGGGCGGCCACGAGCAGACACGGUCCGGGAGUUGAUAAGCGAGGGCGAGACGUCAUCCAGCAGGAUCCGCUGCAACAUCUGCAACCGAGUGUUCCCCAGAGAGAAGUCCCUGCAGGCUCAUAAGAGGACACACACAGGAGAAAGGCCAUAUCUGUGUGACUACCCGAACUGUGGGAAGGCGUUUGUCCAGAGUGGUCAGCUGAAGACCCACCAGCGGCUUCACACUGGGGAAAAGCCCUUUGUCUGCUCGGAGAAAGGAUGUGGCAGCCGGUUCACACACGCCAACCGUCAUUGCCCGAAGCAUCCUUACUCCCGUCUGAACAGGGAAGAACCAAAGGCGAGUCCUGGAAAGGCUGAGUCUGUGGAUAACAAGGCAGUGGCAGAGUGGCUGGCAAAGUACUGGCGAACCCGUGAGCAGCGUGUGCCUACAUCCACCAAGGUGAAGCCACAGGGCAAAGGGAGCGAAGAGGACCAAGAGCAGCAGGAUCCCAUGGAGUUCCUCCAGUCUGACGAGGAGAACGGGGAAGACGAGGAAACCCCGGAGGAGGAGAAAGGCAACCAGGGCGGAGCGGCCAAGCGCCGCCUCCAGGAGCAACGGGAGCGUCUCCAUGGUGCUCUGGCCCUCAUUGAGCUGGCCAACAAUCUCUCUGCCUGAGCGCCUACCUACAUCCUCCCUGUGGACUCCUAUCCUCUACCUUUAUAUACCUUUACAUCGCCAAUCCGCCUUCCUGCAGUACGUGCUGUAGCUUAAAAAAGAAUGUUUGUAAACGCAGAUCAACGACUAGUUUAGUAUGCUCUUUAAAGUUGGGACAUCAGACUUGGAGAACGGAACCGAAUUGGCCUGAGAUCAGUGUUACGCACAGAAUCAUCUUAUUAACCCCCACAGCACCAGGAAGGCACAAGCUAAAGCACCUUAUUGAGCUUUCAUUUUAUCCUUUUAGGCUGCUAUAAUUAUAGGUUUGACAACAUGAAGAAUGUCUCUUUUUUUCUUGUCUUCUAAAGACAAAAAAAGAAUACCUAUCAAGUUUAUAAUUUGUUUUGUUUGCACUUUGGUAACGAGUUUUUUUUUUUUUUUUUAAAGUGUAUUGUGAGUGCAGGAAGAGUGUGUAUGACUGAUGUAUAUGUGGAUUACGCUCAGAUGGACAGAAUGAAACAGGGUGUGUUCAAACAUAGGAAAUGUUAAAUUUGCAUUCCAGCCGUCGAAUGACCUCGCACUCUUUCCCAUUCAUCUCCGGCGGGAUCGGCAGAACUUUCUUAUCCAUCACAAAAUCUGCCUCCCGUUGACAGCGGUGGUUGUAGACAUGGACUGACAGUCGAAGUGAAAUAGUUUCACCCCCACUGGUACUGCUCGAUUUAAGAGGCAAGCAAAAGAGUGGCCACGUGUCAUGUAUUCAAGUUUUUUUGUUUUUUUUUCUUUUUGAAAUAUACCGAUGAGAGGUGAUCAUUGCAAGCCUAAUCCACAGGUCUGAUAGCAGACCGACCAUCCAACCAGUACUGCCUUCUGGACUGAAACAUUCACAUCCUCAAAGUGUUUACAGGCCCGUUACCUUGUUGCAUGCGAGACUUGUAGGCAAAACAACCAAGCAAACUGAUUUCCAACCUGGUUGAGGUUUACAAGGGAUGUUAAGUCAUCUUUUAUAUUAAAAGGUGACAGACCAGAUUUGACACUGACAUUGUAUCACCGGUGUGUGGCAACUCAUUUCAUUCAUGUUUUUUAAUAAUAAGAUAUUUAUUUCUGCUGGCUGACAUGUUCUUUUGUGUAGUGCUCAAACAUUUUAUAAAAGGGAAAUAUUUUUAUAAACAAUCCCAAGUAAGAAAUUCAGAAUUUUUUCCACUUAAGUUAAAACAAAACUUUAAGCACUUGCACCCCCUCCAUUAAAUCUUGGAUUAAGCUUGCAAUGCAGUAAAGAUUGGAUUUAUUGCAUGUGUCCAGGAAAUAUGGCACCUGUUUUGAUAAACUGAUUUGUGUGGUGCUGGGUGUCUCCCUCCCCCUCCCCGGUAUUUUGUUAGGCAACACUACUUUUAACACUGUACAAAGCAUCUAACAGCUGCCCUGCCUCUGGUUGUUUCGGGGAAAACCUGCACUUGCUGUGUUAGAAUCUGAUUUUUAAUUGCCCUUAAGUUAAGAUGAAACUGGAAGUCACAAGAUAAUGUUUAUAAUCAAAUAAAAAAAAGCCAAAAUAUAGAAUGUGCCCAGUUAUAUUCUAUCUGAAAAUAUGUAAAUCCCAUAGUCUGUUUUGUGAUUUGAGAAAAAAUUAUGGCAUUUAAUAUAUAAUUGUAGUGUUUGUUAGAACAUGGAGUGUUCACAGAGAGCUUUGACAUUUUAAUUUUAGUUUCAGUUUUUUUUUUGCCUUUGCUAACAUCUUCCAGCAUUUUUCAUGUUUGUUAUAGUGAUUGUGCUUGCUGGUAGACAUUUUAUUACACAUUUACCAAUAAGUUUCUCUGACAAAGACUGUCCACACUGAUAUAUCAUUGUUGAUCUCCAAUAAACAUUCACAGA